AUGUUGCUGACGUAUCCGUCGCGGACCGGCCUCCGUCGGAGUGAAGGCCAGUCGCCGGCCGAACGCGUCACGGUCGAUCAUAUUCAUAUACAACAUCGGGGCGGCCAUCUGAUAACGGACGAGGUUGUGAAACAAGUGCCAGAGAUUUCCCAGUUCGCCGUCGGCCUCUUUCACAUACAGAUUAUGCACACAUCUGCAAGUUUGGCAUUGAAUGAGAACUGGGAUCCAGAUGUUAGAGAUGAUGUAGAGAACUUCAUGAAUAAAUUAGUACCGGAGAAUUUACCUUACCAGCACUCCUGUGAAGGCCCUGAUGACAUGCCUGCCCAUAUCAAGGCUAUUCUGUUUGGGUCGAGCCUGACCAUUCCGAUCACGGAUGGCAAGCUCAACCUGGGCACCUGGCAGGGCAUCUGGCUCUGUGAGCAUAGAAACAGGGCAGGCUCCAGGAAAGUGGUGGUGACAAUCAAUGGCUCCUUGAAAGACUGAAGGAUAGAGUGGUGUGAUGACUACGCAGACUUUGCCCCAGGACAGC